AUGUGUUUCUUCUAUCUCUUCUAGCUAUAUGGGGGUUUCUCUUGGCGCAGCAGCGCUUUGGGUGCUACUUUUCUUCAUUGCCUUCCAUGAUCGAGCAGCAGCACAAGCAACAACAACAACAGAUCCUGACGAGUUGGCGGCUCUGAGAAUCCUCGCAGAUAGUUUGCGCAUUUCAAGGUUCUGGAACUUUAGCGUGGACCCUUGCAGCGGCUUGAACGGAUGGAACAACACAGCCAGCGCAAAUUCUUUCAACAACCCGAUCACUGGAAUCGAGUGCAACUGCGGCAGGGGAAACUCCUCGCUCUGUCAUGUCACCAGGAUAGUGGUGGUGAGCAUGAACGCAGCUGGACAGAUCCCUCCUGAGAUUGGGAAUUUCCCCCAACUGAACGACUUGAACUUGGCACAAAACGUGCUCACGGGGCGGCUUCCGGACGAAAUUGGCUCGCUAUCCAACUUGCAGUAUCUGACGGUGGGAAUUAACAAGUUGAGCGGACCAUUGCCAUCUAGCUUGGGGCGGCUUACAAAUCUGGUCAGCAUAGGUUUUGGAUCGAAUGAUUUCUCUGGAACACUACCAAGGGAGAUUGGAAACUUACAGUCUUUGCGCAAAAUAUACAUGGAUGCGUGCAACCUAGGCGGGGAGCUACCCGAAGAAUUUGGAAAUCUGACAAGCCUUGAAACUCUGUGGAUGGCUGGAAACAAUUUCAAUGGGACAUUUCCGGAGUUCAUUGGAAGACUGGUCGCUCUUCAAGAUUUGAAAAUGCAUGGGAAUAAUUUCCAGGGACCGAUUCCCUCCAGUUUAGGAAACCUUCGCAACAUAAAGACAUUAGACCUGGGAGACAUAACAUCAGGAGGUGCAAUUCCAUCGAGUCUCAACAUGUUGAGGGAGAUAAACAAGCUGAUGUUGCGAAACUGCGAGUUGUCUGGUUCCAUUCCUGAUCUUGGAAAUCUAAGUACAUUGACACACCUAGACCUGAGCUUCAAUAAUUUGACCGGCGUAAUCCCGUCAUCCUUGUGGGCGUUUCCUUCUCUACAAAAUCUUCUCCUUGGAAGCAACCGCCUCACUGGACCGCUCCCUUCUCAACUGGCAUCAACAAGUCUCCAGCGCCUGGAUGUCUCGUUUAACGAACUGUCUGGACCCAUGCCAAGCUGGAUAAGUAGAAUCGCUCAAGCGAACACCAUAUGGAACCAAUUUAAUCUUAAUCCAGACAUUAGAGCAGCAGCUUCAAAUUGUCUGCAGUCGAGAGCAAACUGCAGCAGAGUGAGAGAUGGACGAAGUUAUCAAUUUGCUAUCAAUUGUGGAGGUCCACAAAUAACAUCGUCUUCAGGGACGAUGUUUAGCGAGGAUACAGCAAUGUUUACUAUGGGAACGUUUACUUCAAACGAUCAAGCAUGGGUAGUAGGCAGUACAGGCUAUUCGGAUGGCUUUGUGAGGGCUUUUGAGAACACCACUGUGCCGGUGCUGGGGACAGUUGAUCGGGGGCUCUACCAAACUUCAAGAAGUGCUCCGAGCUCGCUAAGAUACAUAGGCCUUGGGAUGGUAAAUGGUGCAUACACUCUGGAGUUCCAUUUUGCGGAGAUUCAGCUGGACAACAGCACCACUUGGCUCGGUAUAACUAGGAGAUUGUUUGAUAUUUAUCUUCAGGGAACGCAAAGGGUGAAGGACUUUAACAUACAAAAUGAAGCUGGUGGUUCCUCCAGAGCUCUAGUGAGAACCUUCAGAAAUGUCCAGGUGACGAAUAAUGUUCUCGAUAUGCACUUUGUAUGGAGGGGUAAAGGUACUUGUUGCUAUGGUCCUCUGGUGGCUGCAAUUCGGGUGACACCAGUCUUUAGCACUGCUGGUCUGGAAGCACCAGGAUCCAAAUCAAAGAGCUCAAAAGCUGUCGCUAUAGGCGUAGGAAUAGGCGCGGCCAUUCUUUUCGUUAUUCUCUUUGCUGUGUUUCUGAUAGUGAAGAGACAGCAGAGACGGCUUAAAGCUUUAUUGGAAGACGAGGAUUUGAAGCAUCUCGAAGGCAAGCCGGACCUUUUCACAUACAAUGAGUUAAAGAACGCAACACGGAAUUUCUCCUCGGAAAACAAGCUGGGACAGGGAGGUUUUGGCGCAGUCUACAAGGGUGUAUUGCCUAGUGGCACAGUGGUUGCAAUCAAGGAGCUUUCGUCCAAAUCUCAGCAAGGCUCUCGCGAGUUCCUGAACGAGGUGACACUUAUCUCGUCUGUGCAACAUAGAAACCUGGUGAAGUUGCACGGGUGCUGCAUUGAUGGCGAUCACAGGCUCUUGGUCUAUGAGUUUUUGGAGAACAACAGCCUUCACCACGUCUUGCUGUCUUCAAGGCGCACAAAGCCCGAUCUUCUUAACUGGCCAACACGGUUCAGCAUUUGUCUGGGGAUUGCUCGAGGACUCUCAUACUUGCACGAGGAUUCAAAGCCCAAGAUCGUACACCGGGACAUCAAAGCCCACAAUGUUCUCCUGGACAGAAACAUGACUCCAAAGAUUGCAGACUUUGGCUUGGCAAAGCUGUUCCAAGAUCACGAAACUCACGUUAGCACUCGAGUUGCCGGCACAAUAGGCUACCUUUCUCCUGAAUACGCAAUGAGGGGCCAACUUACAGAGAAAGCAGAUGUCUACAGCUUCGGAGUCCUGGCUCUGGAAAUCGUGAGCGGGAGGAGCAACUUGGACACAAGCGUGCCAGCAGACAUGGUCUACUUGCUUGAAUGGGCAUGGAACUUGUACGAGAGGAAGCAGGAAAUGGACAUGGUAGACAAAGAGCUCACAGACGUUUCUCAAGAGGAAGCGGCGAGAGUGAUCAAGGUGGCCCUCUUGUGCAGCCAGGCCGUGGCUUCCUCGCGUCCGGCGAUGUCUCACGUCGUAGCGAUGCUCGUCGGGACGUCCCCGGUGGACGUGAGCUCCCUCCGCCCAGGCUACUUCUCCGCUCUCAAGGACGCGGCCCCGGGAUUCUUCUCGGACUCCGGUGGAAAGGAUCGAAGCCGCAGCGUCGAUAGCGUCGAUCAGCCCAGCAGCAGCAGCGCCAACACCUCAUACGUUUUUAGCUCGCAAGCCUCGCAAGCGCCUUUGAGCUACCAGGAAGAGAACUCCAUCGUGGAAGCAAGGUGAAAAUGUUUCCCACUUAACUUUUUGUUUAGUUUAGCUCGCUAAGCGAAGAAAAGCAUAUUCUGUAAAUAUGCGGAUUUUUGGUAUAUGCUUCGCAUUCAAA